GAAAAAAACUUCUUGAAAAGAAAGCGAUCUUAUGGACGCGUUGGAACGACUUAAAGACUGGAUUGCUUCUGGAAAGACAGAAAUUGAACCUUCUUUAUUAGCCUAUGUAUUACUAUAUUCCACUCAACAGGACAAAGGUCUUAAACAUAUCCUAGAACAUUUGGCUAGCUUUUGGAGUCAAGAGCAAGUGGAUAGCAAGCAAAAAUGUAUUGAACUCUUAGCACAAAUAGUGACACCAAGUCAGUCUUCUCUUGAUUCUAAUACAAUCAAUGCAAUCAUUCAAUUUGUUGGAGACCGUUUAGGGGAUAAUGUGUUGAUUCCCCGGUGUAUUGAUAUUUUCUCGGUACUCAUGAACACAAGCAUUAUUUCAAGUACAGACACCAUUCAGCUUUGUAAUGCUAUUUUUGACAAAAUCAAAGUAAAGAAAUUAUCGCAACAAAGUAGAUACAAAGUGCUUGUCAUCCUAGGAAAAUCAAUUGACAAGUAUCCAUCAGAAAUCCAACGGUCCAAAAUGAGUUUUAUUGAUGGGUUUAUCAAUUGCAUAGAUGGAGAAAAAGAUCCUCGCAAUCUCAUGAUUGCAUUUGAACUUGUGCGUGCCAUUAUUGAUCGUUUUGACAUUUCUCGUCACAUUGAGGAUUUAUUUGAAGUGGUUUUUUGUUAUUUCCCCAUUAGUUUUGCAGCACCUGCUAAUGAUCUACUGGGUAUCACAACAAAAGAUUUGAAGGACAGUUUACGACGAUGUUUUGCAGCCACACCUUAUUUCGCUUAUUACGCUACUCCUUUGCUAAUUGAGAAGUUGUUGACAACAAAAGGCAGUGCUAAAAAAGAUGUAAUGGAAACCAUCAGUCUUUGUGCUCCUGCUUAUGGUGCUCAUGCUAUUCUACCUCAUUCUCAAGAUUUAUUUGAUGCGCUUGUUAAAGAAGUCUAUCAAGGUGUCGAUGCUGCGAUGGUAGACAUUGCAUUACAAACGAUUCAUAAUGUUGUGGCUACGUUGGGUACAGGUAUCAGUAUAGCCAACAUUCGCGACCCCGUAGAAAAAGCAAUUGAUUUUCUUUUGCAAAAAUGUGUGCAAGAACUCAAAGAGCCUGAAUUAAAGAAUGCAAGAUCAGCUGCUUAUAUCCUGAGAGCUGCUGCUUCAGCGUCUGAUCCAGCCUGUACUUCUGUAGCACAUACUGCUGUGCCUAUCAUAUGCCAACAAUAUAAGCCUACAGAUCCAUCUAUUAGACAAAAAGCCAUUAUAGACAUUUUAACAGAAUUGCUCAUUGCUAGCAAAACACUCUAUGGAUCAGUUGAAGAUGUUGGCUAUGAUCGUGAUUUUCAAACACCUUUAUUGAUGUACAAACAACAAAUUCUGCAAGUAUUUAUACUUUCGUUAGCAGAACCAGAUGCAUCCGAUACAACCUUAAAACAAGCAAGUCUCAAGGGAUUUCAUGAAAUGGUAUUGAUGAAGCACUUUUUGAAACAAGAAGAGAUAAACGUUGCUGCUGGUCAUCUUACUCAACAAUUGAUAUUGUCCAAUAAAGAAAUCAGGAAUCUUGCAUUAUCAACACUUGGCGUUGUGUCCAAGUUAUACCCCCUUGUUAUUGGCCAACACACUCUUCCUGUUCUCUUAAACGAACUUGCCUAUUCAGAACAACCCAUGAUAUCAGAGAAAUAUAGAGACGCAUUAGAUGCAAUUGAAGUUUUGGGAACCUCUCCUGCUGUAUUUAAAAUCGUCAUUUCUGCACUCUUGCAGAAAUUAGAUUUUGCUUGCACAUCCAUAGGUCAACGCCAUGUUAGUUAUGUUCAUGAAAUCGCAGCUACAUUACUACACAUUUAUCAUACGGCCAUCAAAGAUACGGAAGUGAUGUUGAUUGGCCAGAAAACAAUUUUGCCGACACUCCUUUUCCAUUGUGUUCAGUCUGCCUCGGGUCAAGGACAAUGGUACCUCGAUGACGUCUUAAUCGAUAUCUUUGCCAUGAUUGCAGCUAUCACAACACGCUUAUCUAGUUCCAGCGAGCAGCAACAAAGCAUUCAAAAUGUAUUUCAAGUGUUUGUCUAUGGUGAUCUUUCCUUGUUUGACCAAGACAGCAUGUCUAAAGAUACGCCCUUGUCUAUUUUUAGUAGCAUUGAAAAAGAUGCAGUUGAUAUUACGUUGCUUUUUGCAGCCAUGAUUGGUAAUUGUCGCAAAGAUGUGCAAUUGCCUGUCCCUAGCGUGCCUACAUUUUUACAACAAUUAAUAGAAACAGCGACACAGACACCUUCUAAAACAAGAAAACAAGCCCUGGUUAAGAUCGCAGCUUCGAUUAUUAAUAAAUGGAUUGAUGAUGCACUUGUUGCCUGUAUCCAAAAGAUAACACUAGAAAAAGGCUUUUUACUGGAUAUUUUAGUAUGGAUCAUGAAAGCGUUGAUUGUUCGAGGCCAUAAGUAUGGAUUUGAGUUACUGGAUGAUGUGAUCAAAGCAUGCGGAUCUCUUGAAUUAGGGAAAGAGGCUGCUGAUAGCUUUAUUAUCUUGUUACAACAAGAUGAGUUGAUUUUAAACAAGGCUUCACACGCUGUUGUUUCUGUCUUAUAUAAACAACGAGUAUUCAAUCAUUGUUAUCGAAAGCUAAUGCAAGGUGCAGAGCAAAUGGACAUUCGAAAUCCAGAACUUCAAAUCCAUUAUCUAUCUGCAUUGAUGAAUGUUCUCAAGAACAUUCCUAGUCAAGCAGCUAUCAAUGAAUUACCCAAGUUGAUGCUGCCGAUCACUGUUGCUCUUUCUAUUCAAGAUGUCAGUCUAGUAAAGUCCACAUUGGAUGUCGCGCAUGACAUUGUGCCUAAUGCUCAAGAUCUUGUUGUGCAACACUUGGGCUCCUUUAUUCAUGCGCUCUUAAGAAAUACGCAGUUUCCUUGUGUUAGUAUUCGUAUCCUUGCUCUGGACUGUCUGAGUUUAAUUGCAAAGAACGGAAGGCCGGAAGUUUUGUCUCCAUUCAAACCCUCCGUUGUCAAAGAGUUAUCUGUCGCAUUAGAUGACAAGAAACGCAUUGUUCGUAAAAAUGCAGUAGAUUGUAGAGAAAGAUGGUAUGCUAUUGGUAAAUAAGUCUCUGAUUGAAACGCACCAUUGUAUAUUAUAUUUUAUGAUUUUUUAUUUUUUUUUGUUUAGAAGCAUUCUAUGUAUAUGCAACAGUUGAUCUUUAUAUAUGUAUAUGUCUUUAUGCAAUUGUCCCUUAAUAAACGC